ACGAUGACACGUGCCACCGCGCGCGCAACGAUUUAUCCAAUGUUAUUCUUAGGUUCCAAGGUUGUCUUAUUCACGUCAAUGUCAUCAAUCUUAUUAGCAACUAAAUUUCAAAACGUGUCGAAAGUAAAUAAAUCACUUGCCUUGCCUUUGCGGAAGCGUGACUACAUCAAAUAUGAAUAGGCUGGAAGACCGCAAGGCUCAAGAAGCCAAAGCCAAGGAUCAAAUAAUCCCGAAAUUAAAACAACACGGCAUACUUUCGGAUGACCAGAUAUAUCAGUUCCAGCACGAGGUAGUGCACGAGAUAGACCGCCAUUACGGGAAGAGGGGCGAGGAGGGAGAUGAUGCGAAAGAAAAAAGCCAAAACCCGUCGCAAAGUACCGAACGCCAACAACUUGAGAUAGAGGAAAAGUAUAACAAGCUGAAUCUGACUUCUCUUAUCGACGGUGUCAUACAUUACAUAAAAACUCAUGCUCCUAAUCAUCGGUGCAUCCAAAUUUAUGAAGAUGUUGUUUCUGUUCUGCCCCUCGAUGAAUAUUGGCAGCCGCCUGCAGCGCCCGGGCCGAAUCUGCGAGGACGUCCAAAGGCGCCAUUCUCCCCCCGUAGGAUGGCACCAGAGGAUACCAAGACAAACGCUGAACUGAUUGACGCUCUGGUAGCCUCGGCCGGUCUAUCAGGCCAGGACGCAGUUCGCAUCCGUGGUCAGAUCGUGUGGGGAGACUCAAAGGACGAAAACAAUAACGGCAGCGUUUUAACCCUUGGCACUGGCCUCGUCAGUGGCGGCCGACUUGGCCGCUGCUACAAUCAUAUGCUUAGCGAUGUGCCUAACCACUAUGUGCAAGAUCGACUACUGAAUUAUAUUAACACCGUGAUCGAAGCAGACCAACGGGACAAUGCAGCAAAGGCCGUGUUCCCCAAUCUUAGUCUCGGGGAUAUCGACGAAUAUUGGUGUAUUUUGCAACUACAGGAGGAGUAUGAGGAAGAGAUGCAAAUGGGGAGGGAACGCAACCCAUUUGGGUUUUUAUGGCAGGAGUCUACGUGGGCGAUUAGGGGUGUUUUAGGGUCCAGAUCAGUUAAAAGUGAUGCCGAAAGAGAGCGGGUUAAAGAGCAGGCAAAAUAUCUAGAGGAAGUCGAUGGCACGAUCGAUUUAACACCCAAGCCCGGGUUCAGUCGUCGUAAUUACGACUCCCUCAGGCCAAUUCGGUACUCGAUCAUCAGGCCAGGCUAUAAAGGAAAAUUCCCAGAAGAAGAGUAUCUCAAUAUCGGCACCGAUAUCGACCAAGACUGCGACCAAAUUCGCGCCAUGAUCCGUCAUUUGAUCCUGGGAAGUGCCGAGGACAAUUACACUUGGACGCUUGACGAGUUCCGCUGGGCUCUAGGUCCCAUCACGCGACAGCAGCUGAGUGAGUUCCUGGCGAAGAAGGGCCCAAAGCAAGGCUUGAAAACUAAAGUCUACCCGCUGGCUUGGGAAUUCUUCAAGAAGCGCGAGCUACUUCGAUCGAUUGAUGAAGUUAUUGACAUGGCAUUGGAGCGCAAGAAAGUCUAUGAGGACGGGGUAUUACGUUUGAGGAGAAAAAUUGGAUCCAUGACAGAUCUGUUCGACCUACUUGAAGAUAUGAUACAGGAGGUGGGGGAGGAGGAUGAGGAGGAGGAUGAUGAGGAGGAGGAGGAGGAGGAGGAGAGGGAGAAGGAGAAGGGCAGGAAGCGGUCAGCUGCUGCUGCUGGAGAAGAGGCCCAGGCUGGAAGAAAGCGUACCAAAAGAGCAUAGGCGACUCAAGAGCCAAAGUGCCUACCUCAUGCCGAUUUCUUUACACGGACCUCGGGAUUGUUAUAUUGUAAUAUGAUUAAUGGCCUAAUUAGAAGAUAGAUGUAUGCUGGAUACGAAGUUAUUACAAUACUAGUGGUGUAAUAUCGGUACCCCCUUUUCCACAGUUCCUCAUCACCUAGAUUUCCUAAUAGUCCGUUUGCAACACUUCACCAACUCCACACUCU